AUGACCGAGUUCUCUUCUUUGUCUCUCUUUUUCCUAAUAGCUGGAGCUUGUCUGACUCCAGAGUGUUUCAACAUGGAGAUAAUUGGAGGGAAAGAAGUGUCACCUCAUUCCAGGCCGUUUAUGGCUUCCCUCCAGUAUGGCGGCAAUCACGUUUGCGGAGGAGUCCUGAUCCAUCCUCAGUGGGUGCUGACAGCAGCCCACUGCCGCAAUCAGUUUGCUAGAGGCCAGUCUCCCAAGGUGGUUUUAGGAGCACACUCUCUCUCAAAGAAUGAGGCCUCCAAACAGACAUUUGAGAUUAUAAAAUUCAUACCAUUCUCAAGAUUUAAAUCAGAUCCUGAAUCAAAUGAUAUCAUGCUUGUUAAGCUUCACAUGGUCGCAAAACUUGAUAAGCACGUCCAGCUGCUCUACCCAAGCACCAAAAAUUCUAUUAAAGCUGGAACAAAGUGCCAAGUUACUGGCUGGGGCACCACCGAUCCAGAACUUUUCCACCCCUCUGAUACCCUGCGAGAAGUCACUGUUACUAUCAUAGAUCGAAAACUUUGCAACUCCCCACGUUAUUACAACCGCAAUCCGAUUAUAACUAAAGACAUGGUAUGUGCAGGAGAUGCCAAAGGCCAGAAGGAUUCCUGCCAGGGUGAUUCAGGUGGUCCCUUGGUCUGCAAAGGUGCCUUCUAUGCCCUAGUCUCUGGAGGUCGUAAAUGUGGUGUAGCCAAGAAACCUGGAAUCUACACCCUACUUACCAAGAAAUACCUGAUUUGGAUCAAAAGCAAGCUUGCCCGAUCUCAUGCAAACUGAGGCUACAAAUGAUUUUUUUGGAUCUGCCAGUUGCCUGUUUUUUCGGCGGGGCGGGGGGCGGGUGUUU